CCCGGGCCCUCGCCCGGCACUUCCCGGCACUAACACCUGUUGCGAAGUUUUCCCUUUCUAAGCGGUUCUUCCACAGCCUUCCCGCCUUGCAGAAGAGUUUGCUGCACCUUGCUUAUUUCCCACUGCACUGUCCCUCCUCUGACGGCACACAGCUACGUGCUGCUCGGUGUAUUGGUAUGGAAUGUAGAUGUUUGUGCAGUCGAAACAGAAAGGAAGCAGCGAAAGUGCUGAAUGUAUCCUUUAAAAUUGUUUUUGGCUAUCACUAUGCUAAUAGUAAGGCUAACUGUCAAAAGCAACGAAGGAAGAAUGUGCCAGUGGUAUGCUGAAAAAUGGUCAGUGCUGACUAGGGGAGCCAGGAGGACUUCAUGAGUGACGCACCAGGUCAGGAACUGCAUGGCCAUCCCCAAAGCAGUUAUGGCUGGGGCUGAGCAGCACAGUUCCCUGGAGUGCUGGGUGAGGUGUGGGUGGUCUGGCAGCUGCUCAGGGACUACUGCAAGGGCCCAGCUGCCUUCCCAUCACCAGCUGCUAGCAGCUCCGUGGUAUCACACUUGUCCACUCCAAGCUUUAGGCUAGUACACGAGGGUUGCUGACUGGUGUCACUACCAGGCCUCACAGUCCUCCCUGACCCAUAGUACCUCCCCUCCUUCCCAAGAGCCGAGCAGUACUUGCUUUACCCUGACAAAGUCACAGUGAUGCACCUACCUCCUUAGCAGUAGUGCUGACUGGCGACAUGGGUGUGCAUGGGAGCAGAGCAGCAGGCACUGUCACACUUCCCGAAGAAUUCCAAACGUGCCUAGAAGAGAAAAUGCACUUUUAGGCUCUUGAGGGGUUGAGAGAAACGAGAAGGUGUUGCUAUUCUGGAGUUAAAUGCCUAAAAAUAAUAUAGGCUGGCCUUUUGUUGUUCGUUUCACCCAUUCUUUUCAUAAACUUGUAAAUAAGGCAGCAUAUGGCUGAAAUAUUUAUUCAGGGUACAAAACUUUUAAGUAUGAAAUGAUGUUUUUUCUAUUGAGAUUGAUAUCUAAAGCCAUGUAAUCAGUGUAGCUGAGCAGGCUGAUAACUGGUGUUGGUCAGUUUUCUAUAGGUUUCAACCAAGCAUCAGUGAAACAGUGAGAAACAGAAUGCAGUUUUUGUCUCAUUUUUGUCUUAUAUACGUUAGUGCACUUUCAUUACUUUACCUUUCAUUUAAGUGACAGUGCAAAAGACUUUCAUGCAGAAACAUGAUACUGUAGAUGAAAAAAACUCCAAAUUAUUUUAAGGUGCUAAUUGGGAAGUUAUUGGGAAUAAUUAUCUUAAUUAUUUAUAAACUGCUAUUGUAUAACUUUACUGUCCUAAUGGGAUGCCUAGAGCUUUUUUUUUUCUAGGCAUUUAACAUGCCUAGAGCUCAUAAAUAUUUUCUUUUGCUUUGGUCUGUUUAUAGCAGGGCAAAUAAUGACCUCUGGAGUCCUGCAGGCUCUCCAAGAAGUACAGUCUUAAUCGUGAAAAAGAUCAAAUCAGCUCAUCUAAAUAAAACCUUUUUCCAUUCUUAAGAACUCUUAUUUUUGAAAAGAGUCGUCAAGCUCUUUUCAAUUCUUAGGUGAAUUCCACACGUGUUCUGAACAGUGUACAAAGUUGCAUUUUUGCAGGAUUAAUUUGAGAAAAAAACAACAAUCUUCAGUGCUGUCUGAUACUUCAGCAUUUGAAUUGAGUCACCUAGUAAGUUCUGCAGAAGCAAGUGCCACAGAACGCACUGAAGUUUAGUGACAGUGAAAGGCUUUGGACCAAGGAAAGGAAGUAGCUCUGGUUGAGAAGAGCUUAGCUUCACUGUUGGACUGAUGACUUCUGCUAGUAUCUGUGAUUCGUACAGCUAAGACAAAAUGACUUGGAUCUUAGCAUACCCCAAGUUGUGCUCUGAGUUACAGUUUGUUGAGAGGAAUGUAUCCUAGUUCUUGGAGCACAUGAAUCACUGUGAGGAGUUGCAUCCUAGACCUUACCAAAGACCUGGUGCUGCAAUUGAGCUCCUGAAAGAAAAUUAUUUUCAAUAAAAGUUCUAGAUUUUUUGGUUAUAAAUACUGUACCUCAGUAAAAGAGAAGCAGAAUGCUAAUAUAAUACUGAAGCCUUCAUCAAAGCUACAAAAAAUUUCGUUCCCUUUUCCUGUUUGCAUUUAGCUUGUCUUUUAGCUUUCCUUGGGGAUUUAGGAUUUCUUUUUCUCGUAAGCUAUAUUUGGCUUUCAUCUCAGUGAGACUUCCUUUGGGCCUCUGCCCUUCUUGUGCAAGAGGGACAUAGGCCACAUGUUACUUGCAGACUGGAGCCUGUGCAGCUCCCACAGCCAAACUUCUGUUCUUGAGCAGGUUGAAGGACAUGGUGAGCUUUAUGCUGGUCAGUGUGACCAUACUUUUGCUUAUACCAGCACAGCCUCAGUGUGAAAUAGGUGAGCGCUGCUUUGUUUUCCCCUUUAUACUUCAAUGUCUCAGGACACCAGGAAGAAACUACUGGUCACAAAGAAGUGCAGCAUCCAUACUGCAGAUGCUGAUCACCCUAUACAUUAACACUUAAAAACACAACCAGAAAUGGUCAACGGUUGCAAGCAUGUCAGUGUCAGGAGAUUACUGCUCACACAAGGUUCUGCAGUCUGCUUCGAGAAGUGAGAAACUCAGCAUUCCGGAAGGACAACAAUUUGUUGCAGGCUUGUAUAUUCAUCUGAUAAAAAUCUUCAAGAAUCUGAGGAACUGGCUAUGAUGAAAAAAGUUCUGGAGUCCAAAUUAAUACAAGAAAACAACAGUGCUGCUCUUCAGAACAGUGCAACAGAUGUAAGUUGUCUUGGAGAUGACAGAAGUGCAGCAGCUGAUCAGAAUGCUCUAAGCAGAGCUGUUCAGAAAGAAACUGCUUCUUCACCUAGCAGUGAAGUGGAAAUUCCUGAAGGCAUUGAUGCAAAAAGUAACAAAGCCAUGGCAGGUAAUUACAAGCUAGAAACAGCAUCUGCAUUAGGAGAUGACUUAUUGAGGCUCUACAAGAAACGCUGCUGUCCAGAUAUAAAUAUUUGCAUAGAAGGCAAAGAUUUUCAAGCUCACAGGGCCAUUUUAUGUGCCAGAUCUAGUUACUUUGCUGCUAUGCUGAGUGGAAGUUGGGCUGAAAGCUCCCAAGAGCGCAUCACUCUUCAAGGCUUAAGCCAUAUAGAAAUGAGUGUCAUCUUGCAUUUUAUAUAUGGAGCUAUUCUGGACUUCCCAGAUGAAGUUGAUGUUGGUCGCAUGUUGGGCAUUGCAGAUAUGUAUGGGCUAGAUGGGUUGAAAGAAGUAGCUAUCUACAUUUUGAAGAGAGAUUACUGCAAUUUUUUCCAAAAGCCUGUUCCUGGAAAACAGCAACCCGUAUUAGAAUGCAUGGCUAUUGCUCACUCACUGGGAGUGGAACACCUAUAUGCUGCCUGCAUGAAAUGGGUAGGAAAACAUUUUGCAAAAUGUUUGUCAGAAAGAAGUUUUGCCACUCUACCUACUGAACUGCAGAACAACUGUCUUGUUAUGUUGAUUAAGUCUUUGAACCACAAGAACGUUGCUUCACUUUUGAUGGAAAGUGACCGGCUGAUCAAUAGUCUUCCCCAGGUGAAGUGGACCGAGAGAGCUGUGGCCGUGGCAUCUAGGCUACAAGAAGAAUGCUUAACUUUUAUUGUGGCAAACUUUCUACAUGUAGUACAAAGUGAAGGCUUCUAUAUUCUGCUGCAGGCACAGGCAAUGAGCAGCAAACCUGAUCUCCUAGAACUAAUUUUUAAUGCAAUUGAGAAAAAUACAAAUAAUGAAAAUAGCUGCUUUCUUCUUGUAGCUGUGGAUACGUUGUUGGACUCCGCAGACGUGAAGGAGUUGGGUUUUACGUGCAAGAUCCAGGCUCUGCGUGAUAAGCUCUGGGUCUUCCUGGUUCAGUCUUUUUAUGCUGUUCGUCACACAGAAGGCUGGAAGCUGAUGCGGCCAGACCAUCAACAGAAAAUACAAGCAGGGCUUUUCCUUCUUCCAGCCGCAUUUGACAAGGGUGAUGACAGAAGACUUGCCAAAAAACCUGUAUUCACUAGUUCUCAGCUAAAUAAAUCCAUCAGUGAAUUUGCUGGUAAAAGGAAUACUUCUUGGACAGAACACGGCAAGAAAGAUUGCUGGGGAGAUUCUCCCACUAAUCAGGAUAAAAUGAAAUCUGAUGGAUUAGGAGCAUCUGGACAUGCAGCGAGCACCAAUAGAAACGCCCCUAGCAAGACUUCAAAGCAUGAGGAUGUAAAGGGAAAAGAUGGCAAAAAAACAGUUUCCAAGCUUAAUAAAGAUUCAAAACCUGGGGAAAAAACUACUUCACCAAAGGCUAGAGCUGUUAUAAAAACAAAAAUAGAAAAUAAUGGAAAUGCAAAGGCUGAAAGCAUGCUUGCCAAGCAAGAUGCUGAAAAGACAUCCACUUCAAGUGGACAAAAAAAUUCAGGAAGUGUCAAAGGAUUAAAGAACCAUGAAGGAAAAACAGCAGGUGCCAGACCUAAAGUGCUGACGGUAACCUCAAGUGUGCCCAGCAAAACAAAGCCAUUAAAAAAAAACACUGGGAAGGAAUCUCCAUCCACCGCAACUACAGCAGGAACAUCCAGCAAGUUAACAAACUCCAGCACAGAUAUCCAGGCUGCCAGUGAACAGACAGAAGAAUCCAAAGAGGAAAAAUUGGCAGAAGAAGGAAAAAAACAUACUGUGAUAACGAAGUCUUCUUUGAAGACGUCAAAUGGAGUCGCCAACAAAAAAAAAAAAGCUGAUCCUGAAGUUAAUACCACAACAAGCAGUCUAACAAAAAAAACAGCUGGAAAAUUGUCCAGUGAACAGAAUGCACAGGCUGUUCUAAAGAAGAAAGGGAAUGGGAGCAGCAAUGCUGCAGCACAGCAGAAGGCUCAGGACACACCUACCCAUUCUCCUAAGAGCCAAGGAACUAUGGGGGAGUCACCAAACUCACUGAAAUCAGGAGUGUCUCCAAAACAUAAUGAAGAAAGAAAUGUAGCACAACAUCUGGUUCAGACAACACCCCCAGAAAAACAUCCUUCGGCCAAGAAGAAGAGUAUUAAGCCAUCACAAACACCUGUAGCAAAAGCCACUGCAAAAAUCGUAACGCCCAAAGCUCAAGCUCUGUCAAAGCAUGGUGAGAUAACAAACAAUAAAGACCCAAAACCAAAAACAGCUGGGCAAUCUGUAUUAAAAUCUCAGUCCUCUACCCCAAAACAUUCAAGGUGUGAAUCUCCUGUUGUCCAGAAGAAUAUGCAGACCUCUGAGCACAGAAGUCCAGGACAGAAACUUGGAAAAAAUGCAGCUGAUGUGGCAACUGUUCAGCCUCAUGACAACAAUGAAUGCAGUUCUGCAAAGCAAAGUGAAUGUCUGAAAUCUGUGAUGGGAGGUAGCAGAGAAGAUGAGCUCCUGGCAUCUUGUCAGCCCGAUAAACAAAAGUUACUGGUUCCUGAAGACGGAGAAUACAAAAUACAAUCAAAAUCUUCUUUAGUUAUAGGAGAAACGGUUUCUAAAUUGCAUGUUUCACUGCAAAAUGGAAUGGAAGCAAGAGAAAUCUGUGGGGAUCAGGCUGAAAUUAAUCAGAAUAAAGACAGAAAUUUAGCUGAUAAUACUGCUGAAUUUUGCUGUCAUGCACAGUCUACCAGUGAUGAAUACUCAGACUUUUCCAAGGAAACAAAUCAAAAUGCUGCUACUUCAGAAGAAUUGGUAGAACAGCCAAAAGCAAAAAAAGUCUGCACGGAACAAAGUGAUCAAUUAAGCACUGAUACGGGUCUUAACCAUAGUGAAAACAUUGUACCAAGCUUUUCCAAAGGGAUAACUAAUAAAGAGGAUGUAACAUCACCUCCUCACAUUCACAUGGAGGGAUUUCGUCCAGCUGAUGAGUCAUGUGGCGCAUCAGCCUUGCCUGAAUACAAAUCAGGUACAGUAGAUUUAGAUGAUGUUUCAAAACAUUCCAUAGAACAAACAAGAGACAAAUGUUCACAUAAUUACACAGAGUCUAUUGAUCCCACAGAAAUGCCAGAAAACCAGGAAAAUGCAGAAAUUCCCUUUGUGGACCACUGGAAUACUGGUGCACUAGAUCCAAAAGAGAGUCCUGAAUCAGAUACUGGCAGUGCAACCACAUCCUCUGAUGAUAUAAAACCAAGAUCAGAAGAUUAUGAUGCUGGAGGCUCUCAAGAUGAUGAAGGAUCCAAUGAGAGAGGGAUUUCUAAAUGCAGCACCAUGUUGUGCCAUGAUUUUCUUGGAAGAAGCAGCAGUGACACCAGUACACCUGAAGAAUUAAAAAUUUAUGACAGCAGCCUUAGAAUAGAAGUCAAAAUGAAAAAAGAAGGCUCUGAUCUCUUCCGUGUUAAUUCAACAAGUGAUGAUGAAAUACCAAGAAAAAAACCUGAAAUUUGGUCUCAUCAAGAAAGUGCAAGGAACAGAACCAGAGAAACUGAAAAUUCUACUUUUGGCAAUGCACCGUUUACUCAGGAAGCAGACCAAGUUUCUUCUUCUGCUGAUGAAACAGAAGAUGACAGAUCUGAACCAGAAAAUGUUGCAGGAAACAUUCUUUCAUCAAACGUUCCUGCUCAGCAGUUCCAAGGAAUUGAUAAUUUAGCUUUCGAAGAUGCAACAGAAAGUGCUACUGCAAGUCAAGAGUUUUCUAAAACUAAAAGUUUCAAACGAUCUGUUUUACUUUCAGUAGAUGAAUGCGAAGAAUUGGGAUCUGAUGACAGAGUGGAAACUCACACUUCACGUCAGCAUUCAAUAGAUUCUCUUACUCCUUCAGACGUAUUUGACAGUGUUUCCCAGGAGCACCAUGGAAAGACUUUUUAUUCAAGAUACUCAUUGGAAAUUGAAGAUGGAUUCUUGGAUUGCAAACAGCCUAAGGAUCAAGACAACAGAAUGGAUGAAAGUGAAAGUUCUCUCCAACAUCUUCAUGGUACUGAAAUCCCAGGGAAGGAGGAUAAAGGUGCUUCAAUGACUGAACAAAACUGUGCAGAGGAAGUACACUCAGUAGCUAGUCCUUGUCCAGGGGAAAAACUAAACACAAAGAAUGAAGCGGCUACUGAAUUUCAGCAGUGCAAUAAAUACUUAGACAAUGAUGCAAAAUCUCAAGAAAGACCGUCUCAUCUGAAUCUUCAUCAAAGAGAAACUAAUGCUGAUGUGCAAAAGAACAACUCCGCAAAACCUGCAGAAGCCAGUAAGAAUCAGAUACUGACUCAGGAAGGCCAAGUGAGAGACAGUCAACCAGCACCUACAGAAUACGCUAAUACUGAUUUACUUCCAGGAGACAUAGAUGAUUAUGACACAAUGGCACAAACCUGCAUGUAUGAGCAUCGGCCUUCAAAAACCCUUUCUCCAAUAUAUGAGAUGGAUGUUGGAGAAGCAAUUGAACAGAGGAUGGAUUCAGAAACAGCAGUUCUUGACGUGGAUUUUGAAGAUCAGCAGUUUGUAGAACAGGACUGGACUCUUCUCAGGCAACUGUUAUCUGAACAGGACUCAAACAUAGGUUUCAAAAACUCUGUUCCUGAAGACCUUAACUUAGCACAAUGUCUAAUCAAUCAGACGCUGUUUCUGGCACGAGAUGGUUCAAAUCCUCAGGGUACAUCACAAGUUGACACAUUCAGUAGGUGGACUGAGCUUAUGUCUCCACUUGAUGAUUCUUCAGCAAGCAUUACAGUGGCAAGCUUUUCAUCUGAAGACUGUUCUUCCCCUCAAGGGGAAUGGACAAUUCUUGAACUGGAAACUCAUCAUUAAGGUGAUCAAAUGUUUGAAACCUAACUCCAACCCGUUCCCCAAAUCUAUUUUUGAUGUGUUGUUUCCAUACAGUGAAAUACUGCAUCAGUCAAGAGCAAGCAAUUCUUGGUACUGAGGCAAUCUUUCUGAUAUGAGGUAAAUAUGUUAAUUUAUAAUCUAGAUUUAAUUGCAAGUACAGAAAUUUUUCAAGUCUUAACCGUAUGUCUUUUCUAAAAUGAACUUUGAGCAUGUAUUUUCUAGACUUGUUAGAAAAAUUAGAUGACAUGAAAGAAAGAUCUUGGUCUCCUCUCUGCUUUUAUCUUCCUUUUGGCCACUUCAUAUGCUCAUUGAGCAAGAGAUUAAAGAUAACUGCACCUUUAGUAGGGCUACUCCCUCCUUUUUUUCUUCUCCCUCUCUAUAUGGUGACUUCAUUUUACAACAAUAAAGAUUCAGACUGGUUAUGUCAAAA